GUACAGAGGGGAUAAAUAAAAAUAAGACAAAAAAGUUCGGACAAAGUUUUGCAAAAAUUUUCAAACUUAUUUUAUUUUUAGAAGAACCAAACGUCAACAUAAACUGCAAUAGUAAAAGAGAGAAAACAAUGGUGUUGCUAAAAUAGCUCAAUGUUUUUCUGUGCAUGCAAUAUUGCAUCCAUCACCAUCGAUCAGAACUGGGUUGUACACAUAGACAAGUAAACACACAGACACACAUUCAGACAAGGAAGAAGAAAGAAGAAAAAACCGACCUCAUCGAGGGUAUUCAGAGUGACGACCACAUUCAUGUAAUUUGAUAAGAACGAAAAACAAAUCUUCAAAAGGAUCUGUUUGAGUUUUAUACGGCGCCGGAGAAUGGAACAAAAUGCCAAUGAUCCGUUUGCCUCGGAGAACAGCGGCACAGCAAGGUUCAUAGGAGGAGGAGCGGCUGACCACUCCCUAGACAAUGGCUUGCCGGGAGGCUCCAGUGGGCUGGGUAAUUCCAGUGCCGGUGGCACUGUUAGUGCUGCCCAUGAAUUUCAGACAAUGAAACCCGGCUUAAGUGGCGGCCUCAAGACACCGGGCCACUCCGAGAUUCCACACAGUGAAUUGGUAAAAAUGUUAUACUAUCUCGAGGGAGAAUUGCAAGCCCGUGAUGUAGUAAUUGCAGCAUUACGCAAUGAGCGUGUCAAACAAUACAUCUCUCAAUUGAAAACCAAGAGGCUGCAACCCAAUGACCCCCAUGCAGCCAUAUUUCGAGAUAAGGUAGCGCUUUCGGGCAAUCUAAUAUCACGAGAAUCAUCAACACAGGCCGCUCAGGCCGAGAUGGAGGUGCGCCAAAUAAUUGAGCAACAAAUGGAACAGCAAUAUCAAAUGGUCAACAAACAGAGGGCAACACAUUUGCGUAUGGUCAACAUACUUACCGAGUCAUUGGAGAAUAAUCAACGCAUGCUGCAAGAACUGGAGGAAGAGAAGCGAAAGCAUGAACAUGAUACGGCCCAGGGUGAUGAUAUUACUUAUGGCCUGGAGAUGGAGCGCACAAAAUUGCGACAAGAACUAGAAGAAGAACGAGCGCAGGUCAAGAAGUUGGACAAAGAGUUAAAAAAACUACAGGAAACUCUGGAAUUUGAGAGGAAUCGUCAGAAACAGAUAGUGUUGCUGUUGAUAGCAGAACGAAAGAAGAUAAUGAUGAAGUACAUUGAAGAGGGCAAACGUUCAGAGGAUCUUGCUCAAAUAUUAGCAGAGGAAAAGCAACGUUCCGAUACCAUAGCCGAAGGUCUAGAAGAGGAAAGUAAAAAAUCUUUGCGCAUGGAAGAGGAGUUGGAAAAGCAACAGGCAGCUUUUGAACAAGAACGCAAAGUUCUUAAAGCAAGUUUAGCAAAAGAAGAAUUGAGAGUCAAAGAGCUGGAGCAAGAGCUGAUCACGUUACGUGCCGAAAAUGAAACUUUAAAAAAGCAUCAACAGCAAUUGCAACAAAAUGCCGCCACAUUGGCAGGUGGCAGCACGGCAGCAAAGUCAAGAGCCUUUAGUGUAGCAGAAGAUGGAUGUGCCACAUCUAUGGUUAAUAUAGCGAAAAUUGUACAACCCACGGCUACUGUAUCUAGUGUCCCUGUAUCAGGUCCCACCACUGGUAUUGCUCGUUCCCUUGCCCCUGGACAAAAUCUGCGUGCGGGUGUGGCUACAGCUCCUACUAUAGCACCUUUACCUCAAUUGGCGGCCACACCAGUCUCCCAGCAAACAUCAGCAAUUGCGGCGGCGUCAGCACACACUGGGGGCGGUGAGAAUGUCAUACCAACACCGUUAAAUCUGAAUCCUGCUUCCACAUCAUCGGUGGUGGCGGGCGCAGCGAUGGCAGCGGCGCCACCAUCACCAUCACCUCCUAAAAUGCAGCCAACGGCAACAAUACAAAGGGCUCCCGGUGGUAAAUAUUCAGCAUUAGCAGCUGCUGCUGCGGCUGGCCACUCACUUGAUCAAGCUCCUUCGCCGCAUCCGGUUCCCAUAGCGGUGCCACCAGUCACAGUGCCACCGUCUGGGGCUCGCGGUGCUCCACCACCCAUUCCUCCCAACAAGCCUAUCGUACCGCCAAAACGUGAGCCAUCCUUAUCGCGUUUGGGUUCGAUAACGGGUGCUGCUGCAAGUGUAGCGGCUGCCGCCUCAACAGCUACUAGUAAUGCUAAAAUUAAUUAGAAAACUAUAUAUACGCAUACACAUAUACAUAUAUAUAAAACAAAAAAUUACCACAACAACAAAAACAUCAACAAAAUAUUAAUCGUUUACCAAUCUGGAAAACAAAGAAAAACAUCAACAACUACAACAAUAAUACUCUCUCAAAUUACUUUAUAUAUAAAGGAAACAAAAAAAAUGAUAGGCAUACAUACAUGCGUACGUACACCUACGUAUACAAACAUUUAGAUCUUGAAUAAUUAUUCCAAAACAAUUGGAAACCCAAACUCACACACACACACAAAUAUUGUGGAUGUAAUCUCUUUAUUGAUAUAUUUUUAGUCUUUUAUAGCGUAUACUGUCUUAACACAUAUUUUUGGGGGCAGAAGAAAUUUUGCUACACCUAGGACAAACAAAAUCAUAGGGGCUGUGUCAUUUCAACGCUUCAUUCUUCAGAAACGGCUGUUAUUCUCUCAAAAAUUUAUCGGACAAGCAAAAUCAUAGGGGACAGGCA